AUGCCAGACCUCUCAAAUGUGAUGAUCAACCUGAAACCUGCCUGCAAUCUAUCAAUCAUUUGCAUUUGUAUACGCUCUCAAUCCCUCUACGAUGUGCUAGGAGUUUCGAAAAGUGCCACGCAACAACAAAUCAAACACGCUUUCUAUGAUAAGUCAAAAAAAUUACAUCCAGAUGGGAGCCACUCUAGUGAAAACGAGCGACUCACAGCGACGAAAGCUUUCGUCGAGCUGAAACACGCCUACGAUACAUUGAGAAGACCGGCCGAUCGACGAGCAUACGAUUUUGGAGAAAGAAUCCGGGAGCGCCGACGACAGGGGCCAAGUACGGGAAAUUUCUAUGGCUCAUCGUAUUACGAAGAAUUUGAGGGAAGAUCUAGUGGUUUCGGGAAUUUCGGCUCAUCUCGAAUGAAUGAAGAGGAUUUCCGAUCCGCUUCGAAUGAUCAAUGGAAAUGGAUCCUUCAGGUUUCGAUGAUCGGCUUUGGCUUUGCUAUUUUGUACAAUCUGGGAUAUGUAUAUCACCUCUAUGCUCGUGAAAGAGAGCUGGCGAAACUGGUGAACAAGGAUGAGAUUGCGAGGAGUUUUCUGAGGCAAAAUGGAUUUGUAGAGAUCAGAGAGGACCAUGGAAAGAUCAUGAACUUGGCACAAAUUCUGAAAGAUGACGUCGACGAGGCAUGGAGGAGACGAUACGAGAUUCGAGAGGAAUAUCGUUGGUUGAGAGCCGUGCAAGACGUGGAUAACAAUCGGAGAGUGAGGUUCAAAGUCCCGCAGUUUUCAAUUCACCAACCGAAUAUACGCCCGAUUGGCUUUCCUAAGGGAGAGCUUUGGUGUGAAGAGCAGCAAAACAAGAACACCCAAGGAGAACGAGGCAAUCACCAUCGAAAACACAGUUGGUUGAGAGCCGUGCAAGACGUGGAUCACAAUCGGAGAGUGAGGGCUCGUCGUGCCGCCGCUCAAAGAGAUCAAGAGCCAGGAAAU